AUGAGGUUAAUAAAAGUUACUGGAGGCAUUAUCGACCGCGGAUUCAAUUCCGUUAUCAGUAACCAAUUUAUUUCCCGAAUUCCUGUUACCUACGACAUUUGCGAAAGUAUUGAGGAAUUUUGCAGUGUCAAAUUCGUGACAUCCAACCAACACGUCGACGCAAGAGAUGCACGAAUUGUUCGGGAUAAUGACGAUCUGAAGAAAUUCUCCGAAUUUUUUGACUGCCACGAACCAUUUCCGUUCGAUGAGACCAUCAGGUCGAUUGUUACGGGAGUUAUUGGAGGCGAUUCUAUAAAUUGCUUCCAAGCACGUGAAAUUGGCGAGGCUAGUUUGAAAAAAAUAGUUGGUACCCCUUUCCACAAAUUGUCCCUCAAACGUCGAGAUCGCGUAGUCCCGCUAAUUACCGUAAAUAGCAAGGUGAGAAUUCAAGACGAUGUGAUACCACUCGAUCCGAUGCUCCUCUUCCAAAGAAUCUGUAUCACAAAGCAAAACGAAGAGGAGCUGAAAGAACAUUUCAAAUGGGAACUUUCUCCCUACCCCUUGUCACUAUUCUUGGAUGGUGCCUUGAGGAAAACCGUGAAAUCGUCCAUCUUCGAUUUGUUCACGCCUGAAGAAAUCCAACUCCCCACAGAAAAUUGUUCGUUCGUGAUUGACGGUGGUAUGCUCCUCCAGGGUAGUAUGGCAUCAGAAUGA